GAAGAAGAAGAAAAGCUCUGCGUAGCUAUGGCGUCCAUGGCUAGUGCAAGCGUAGCUCCUGCUGGAUUCUCAUACGGCAGGCCUCCAUUUUCUGCUUCAGAGAAGCUGAGGAGAACGGUGGUGGUGAGGGCUGAAGCCAUAAACCCAGGUAUCAGGAAGACCGAAGACAAAGUGGUGGACUCUGUUGUUAUCACCGAACUGAACAAGCCUCUCACUGCUUACUGCAGGUGUUGGCGGUCUGGGACUUUCCCUUUAUGCGAUGGAAGCCAUGUGAAGCACAAUAAGGCUACUGGAGACAAUGUUGGGCCUCUGCUAGUGAAGAAGCAGUGACUAGUAAAUGAUAUAGCACUAUUAUACAUUCUUGAAUAUUCCAAACUUGGUGCAGCAUAGUAUAUCGUGUUCU